CAUUCGUCCUUCCGCCGCCCGCCACUCGACAAAUACCAAGUUCGAUCUCCAUAUCCAAUGUGUACUUGGAGUGGAGAAGAAGACAAAAAAUAAUUCUUACGAGCUUAAAUUUUCUUGAAAAAUUGUUACAGAAUGAAUACUCUGAAUUGUGGGCAUACUAAAUAUCGUGUAAGUUUGCGCUUUCAUCCAGCUGCCUUAAACAAAAAAGGGGACAACUUUGAUGGAUUCUUCAUCUCUUCCUUUCUCUAGUCUUCCUGUGAAGUGGAUGAAUGUGACGUGCCAUGGGAAGAAAGUUAUUGAUUGAAUUCUUAAUGAUUUUUAUUGACUUUACUAGUCAAUAACUGAGGAUGGAAAGGGACGACAACAAUGUACUGUUUGACUACGGACAUUCGAGUACUCAGCCCGUCAAUCAGAGUGGGAGUGGGGUGGGAGAAAGUGACGCUAAUAUCACUAGAUCUGACAACAGGGACAAUGGUAGAAGCAGGAAUGACUAUGAUUCCCGAAAAAGUGGUGACACGCGACGAGGAGAACGGCGCGGAGGCUUUUUAAAUACGCGUGGUCGUGGCCGUGGACGUGGGUUAGAAUUCCGAGGUCCCAGACGGGGCAGCUUACGAGGCCGCGGUGGUCGAGGUUCAGAUAGGAGACCUUUUCGACCUGAGAGGAGUUCCGACAACGGUGCCUCGAGAACAAUGUCACCACCACCUGACAUAUUUUCUGAAAGGGAGCGAAAGGAACGGUGUCGGAAUCCUUCCCCAAAUAGAAGUAACAGCCGUCAGAGGUCUGACAAUACACAUAAGGAUUCAGAACGUGACAGAUCGACUAGUCCAUCACCAUCACGACGACAACGAGGGACGGCGAGUCCUGGAUUAACAAAACCACGAAAGAAAACAUAUUAUUACAGUGGAGAGGUCUUCGAAGACUACGAAGAAGAAUCUUGUCACUCAAAUAAUUCGCAAUCUCCGCCACCACCCAAGAGACAAAGGGAUUCUGAUUCACCUCAAUCUCAACGAUACCGAGGUCGGGGAAGGGGUAGAGGACGAGGUGGUGAUAGAUACAACAAACCGUACCGUGCACCAUCCUUUAGAUCUCGAUCGCCUCGUAACAAGGAGCGUAAUUAUAGACAAAACGAUGGUGGGAGAGAACCCAGUAAUAUGGAUAAUGCCUCAAGAAAACGGCCAGCAGAAUCUUUUGUGCUUAACAAAUCACGAGCACCACAAUCAUCACCGAAUGUUGUAGAGAACUGGGAGGAAGAUGAUGUCGUGGAUCCACGACUGAGGAGCAAGGAGGCUGGAAUUUACAGUGCAGUGGCACUGGCAAAAUUGAAAGAUCGUCCCUUGAGGCCUAUGCAAACAAACUCAGCUCAGGCACCACAAGUUCCAUUUACGUCCCCUGAUAGUAACACAAGUCCGUGGAGUCCUGUAGCUGGAAGUCCACAGCUAGCGACACCACAAAAACCGUCCCCUCAGCUUGCACCGUCGCCCGAAAUUACCCCGGUUUCAAUUCCACCACCAAAACCAUCUCCGCUACCGGUCCCACCUCCCAAUUUUUCUUCAACUUCACCACCAAAGAAAAUACCUUCACCUCCACGCCCAGAAGAAAUUCGCCAACAGUUACCCCCACGGCCAGGACAAAUUCACCAACAGCCACCCCCACGGCCAGAACAAAUUCGCCAACAGCCAGCCGCACGGCAAGAGGAAAUUCGCCAACAGCAACCCCCACGGUCAAUACAAAUCCGCCUACAAAUUCCCACACGGCCGGUACAAACUCCCCCACGACCGUUACAAAUUCCCACACGACCGGUGCAAAUUGGUCCACGGCCGAUGCAAAUUCCUCCACGGCCGGUGCAAAUUGGCCCACGACAGGUUCAAAUUCCCCCCCGACCGGUGCAAAUUCCUCCACGGCCAAAAACUCCUGCGUUAACAAAUGCAAGCUCUACAACAACUAUCCCCAAGUCGUCAAAUCAAUCCUCUACUAAAACGAGCAAUAUUCGCAAAGAAAAUAAAACACCGAGCUUUGAAGUUCCCAAACCGUCUGCGCCUUUGAGCAGUUUAUUCAUUUUUGAAAGUAAUGCAAAAGACAUGGAUCGAUUGCAAAACUCUAUUGAAACGGUGACCAUAGUUGAUAACGUCCCUACGUCCCCAAGUGAUAUGUCCGAUGGUGGAUCCGACAUAUCAACAAAACAAAAUCGACCAAAUUCAAAUCUUAUAGAUAAAUCGAUGACAAGCUCAGGGGAAUGCUCAAGUUCUAGGAAAUCUAAUAAAUCUGUUCACACUGCACAAGACAAAACGUACAACCCAGGAAAUUGUAUCCCCGCUAUACCUCCAAGAGCUAUUCGUGACCUUGCCAAACCUGCUCAUUCCAAAUCUGGCUCCACGGCUAAAUCUCUUCAAAAUCAACCAAAAUUAUCGAAAGGAUCUUCGGUUGAUUCCACACCGUUAAACCCAAAACAGAAAAAUGAUUCUAUAGCCGAUAAAGACUCCCGUCAUGAACGGAAAAGACCUAUCAUCAAGUUGUCUCCAAACUUGGUGGCAGAUCCCCUUCCAAAGGCAAAUGAUACUACCAUUAUUGGUCUUUCCGACUCUGAUUCAGAUACCAGUAGCGUCAUGAUUAUCGAGAAUCCGUCUCCAACACUUCCUCCUACCCAAACUUCCAAUCCAUCUCCAACACUUCCUCCUCCCCAAACUUCCAAUCCAUCUCUAAAACCUACUCCUCCCCAAACUUCCAAUCCAUCUCUAAAACCUACUCCUCUGCAAACUUCCAAUCCAUCUCCAAAACCUACUCCUCCCCAAACUUCCAAUCCAUCUCCAAAACCUACUCCUCCCCAAACUUCCAAUCCAUCUCCAAAACCUACUCCUCCCCAAACUUCCAAUCCAGGACCUUCCAAACCAGCACAUUCUGACGUUCCCGCCGAUAAGGACGAGACUAGUGAGAAGGCUCAAGCUAUUCUUGAACAAUAUCGACAAGAUGAGGAAAAGAAAAUUCGCUUUCAAAAUACUUUACGCAUGUGGAAAGAGAGACAGGCUCCGGCAUCUUUAGAGGCAUCCUCUAAAGAGAAUGAGACGCAUGAUGGGAUGGUGGAAUCUGACGGGAGUGAUGUGACAACAGUAGUUACCGAGCAGUCCGAUCACGAUGAUAGAAUUAUCCUCGCUUAUACCCCCGCCUCAGAGUCAUCUUCUGAGGCUGAGGACAAUAGUGAUAAUAAUGCGGAAGAAGAGGGUGAAUGUUCUCCUUCUCCAUAUAACGAGACCAAUGCGAAAAGCACAUCAUAUUCUCCCGUAUCGUCAUCAUCAAAUGUAGGAUCGCCAAUUCAUGAGUCUGAAGAAACUCAGAACAGAUCUCAAUCCAACCAGGUUCACAAGUCAGGUGAGCCAGGAACAAGUUCUACAGCAGCUACUUCUUGCACAACGAAUAAUGAAACUCCAGUAUCAAAUUUGGAUCAAAUUAGCAGUGACGACGAAGAUUGUGGGAUUAUUGCAAAUCCUGCAUCCACAAAUGUAUACAGCCCCAUCUCCAACCCAGAUAAUGACCAAGAUGCUGGCAAUGUACCAAGCCAUUUAAAUGUUCAAAAUACUGAUGAGAAUGAUGAAGUGACACGAUCUCAAAUUCAAGUGAUUUCUACCAAGGAUGACAACUCUCUCGUGGUCGGUCUAAAUGAGGCAGAUGUGACAACAGAGUCAUUAGUGGUAAAACCUUUAACGUCUAGUCAAUCGAUCGAGUUGGAGCAACCACCGCCACACACUUUGUUGAGUAAUACUCAACAGGACAAAUUAAUAGAAGAUCAAACCACAAUAAGCACUGAACUAGAAAAAAAUGUAAAUGGCACUUGCCAAGGUGAGCCACAGGAGCAUGAAGAAAAUUUAAAAUCGGACAGCAUGGAAAUUUGUAGUGUGUCAAAUACCAACACUCAAACUGUAAACAAUUCAGACAUUAUUUUACCAGAGAAAAGUCCUAGUGACACUUGCCAAGUCGACAAAUUACCGGAGCCUGGAGGAAAUUUAGAAUCGGACAGCAUGGAAAUUUCUAAUGUAUCAAAUACCAACACUCUGGCUAUAAAUAAUUCUGACAUUAUUUCACCGGAGCAAAGUUCCAGUGAGGCUUUCCAAGAUGACAAAUUACCGGAACUUGAAUCGGGCCGUACGGAGAUUUCUAAUUUAUCAAACAAUCUAACCAUACAUAUUUCUGACAUUAUUUCAAUAAUUAAUUCAACAACACUAACAAUACCCCAAACUCUCGACACACGAGAGGAAGGCGCACCUCAAACGUGUCCCGCUAUUCAGGAAGAUCAAGUCAGUUCUUCUCAAAUUAGCGGUACGGUAACAAUUCAAGAAAAUACUUCCACUGAUAAGGAACCAAUUGUUAAUCAUGAAAUGGAUACCACCGAGGGUGACAAUUCGUCUUCUACCAAUUGUUCGAACUCGUCCAUAAUUGCACAAGGAGAUAGAUUGGACACUACCAACUUGUCCCUUCGUAGUGACCUUGUCCAUGUCGACAUGGACUCAUUCCUCGCCGCUUGUGAAUCACCAGCACAGAUCAGAUCAGUCGGGGAAACUUCAAAUAGUCCAGAGUGUGCACUAGAAAAAGAAUCGUUGGUUGGGCAACCACCACCAGCAGAAAUCACGAAUCAAGAUACUUUGUCCACUCUCCUGGGAACCGAUAUCUCUUUGAUAGUAGAACCACCUUGUUCCACAAAUUCCCCAAUAAAUGUACCAGAACAAGUAGAAAUUAGCACUCUCCCCUCCUCGUUGCCUAAUUUUGGGGUUGAAACCAACGUAAUUGUUCCAAAUCCUUGUGUAACAAUUAACACUCACUCUUCAGUCGAAGAACUCGUGACACCACCUCCACCACCCAUCGAAACUGACCGUGUAAACUCAGAUACCGUGGAAACCACCGUAUAUACAACGUCAAAUUCGUUUGAAAAUAUUCCCCUCGAAAUCGUAACAAUAGAUGACAAUGACGAAGAAUCGCAAGUCCAGGGGCCACAUAGCGUCAACCAAUUUUCCAAUAUUAAUCUUAAUCUUGCCACUACUAGUCAAGGUUCCGGUGGAAACGGUGGAGAAAGUGAAAUUCCUGCCCUUCGUAUUCGAGGGGACCUAUUCUCCACGACCAGUGAAGACCGUACUCAAACCAUCCUGACAGAAAUGGACCCAAAAGCAACAUUGAUCGCAGCAAAGAUCAAUGCAUCCAUACAAAAUUUCCUUGCUGCAAGUCCUGGUCCAGAAAAAUCCCUCGCCUUUCGCAAGCUUCGCGACAUGUUCAUAUUGAGUUUGGCCAUCGUGGACUACUCCAACGUCAAAAUAGAGUCGGAGAACUUGUCAACAAUAUACGACAUCCCUGAGAGUUAUUACAAUUACUCUGAAGUAGAGAGAAUCCCGAUUGAAGUUAUGGCGGACUAUUUUCUCAAACUAAUCGCCAUAUCACUUUUCCUCGGUGAAUCGGCAUGUUCGAACUGGGAGACAAAUCUCUCCUUGCUUCACUACCGGAUUAGCCGCGUCCUAAAUUAUUACAUUAUAAGGACGGAAAAUAUUGGCGAAACGGAAGGAACUCUGCAAAAUAUUAUCGUCGCUAUAAAGCCGAAAAUUUCUCGAUUCAAGAUUACCCUUGAACAAAUAACGCAAACUUGGGACCACGUGAGGACAUUCCACAUCAGGACACAAGUCGAUAAAUCUUGUGUCCUCUUUGACCAACUUCAAGUUGGAUUUAAAGGAUUCAGCAAACAGUUGGACAACAUUGUAUGUAAGAUAAGAGAAAAUGUGUACCGCGGAAAAAAUGUCACCCCUCCCCCGCAGGACAGCGAGAGUCAAGAGUAUUCAUUUAAGAACGAUAUGAAAAUAUUGUUCGAAAUAAGUGGACGGCAAUUCGAAGCGAACCCGAAAGAAACGGCGGCGGGAGUGGCGCCUAAUGCCACCAUACGAUCUGCGCGCAUUCAACAGUACAAUAUGCCCGUCGCAACCCCUGCUGGAUCUCCAUUCGGAUCGAGCAGACCUCAAACUCCUGCCGGGCGUGGGGGUGCACGUCGACCUUCGAGAGGGGAACCGGGCACCGGUCGCCAGUCGAGGCCAAGUACCCCUCAGAACAUACAGCCUGUUUCCACCAGGAUGGCCAGUUCUCCAAAUGCUACUAAUACUGCUACUAAUAAUGUCACUAGUCGAAUCCAUCUCGGAGGCCCGAUCAUGCGGGAGGCCCCGAGGACAGCUAAUCAAUCGCAGCAACAACAACCCGUUGCCCAAAUUCCGUCUUAUUCAUCAAACCUGGUACCCGGGUAUACCAACUCGCAAAUUGUUCCGACACAACCGAGAACACAAACCUCAACAGUCAGAACGACCCAUGUCCCUGACCAAUACAUUAAUAAUAUGAAUAGUUCCACAAGUUAUUCAUUACAGCAGCAAUUCCUUCCACAAAAUCAGCCUGGUCUGGAAGUCUAUCGAACUUCGCCGCAAAAUAUGACCCCACCUGAGCCGAGGUCAAGUCAGUCUUCUCCAGUAUUGAAUAUUAGCCAGCUAUUACAAAGUAGUGGGAGAGUGCCGUCGCAAAAUAUGUACCAACAACAACAGGUAGCGACUAGCUAUAAUAAUAACUACAAUCCUCCUUCACCGGAGGAAGUUGAAUAUGUCGGAAUGGCAAGAAGCAGCGUCCUCCCGACCAACCAAUUUCAAGGACAGCAGCAGCAGCAACAACAACAACAACUGAUUUAUGCACCCCAACUGAACAAUCAGAACAUGAGUCGGGGACAUAAUAACAACCAGCAUGCCUCGUACUAUCAACAACAACAACAAACACAAAUCCAACACCAAAGGCAAACAGAAGUUCAGAGGCAGCCGAUUCAUCUAGCAUCACCGAUGGUCCACCCACCUCCGCCACCAUAUCAACCACCGCAAGUUUCUCUGCCACCGAAUAACGAAGUGGCCAGAUUUUUAAGCGCUUGCAACACCCAACUCAUUUAUAAUGGGAUGAAUAACUCGGGCAAUGAUCAGAUGUGAACUCGGGGAAGUGUGAUGUUGCUGACAUGGAUAACCUGCAUGCAAAUAAAUAAUGAUAAAACCACGGACCAUACCUUUACCACUUUCAAAAAAUAUUUAAAUACGCAACUAAUUCAAUUUGCCUGUAAACCUAGUACAAAGGAAUAAUCGAGCAGAAUGCACUAUUCUCAUUUUCUGUGGCCUUCCUUAAAAUAAUAUGACAUUUACAUUAUUUACGAUGAAAUAUUUAUAUCAACUAUUAUAUGUAAGUACCGAGAUAUUUAUUAAUUACGAUAGUUUAGUGCAGCUUAUUUAUUCGUUUGACAUAUUGUCAACUGUUCUGAGAUUGCUAAAAAAAUCGAGAUUUGUAACUUAAUUCUUCUACUUUGACCACCGUAAUCUACUUAUAAGCCAUAAUGUAAUAAUAUAUACAUAA